GCGCCGUGACGGUACGGUAACCUUUUUUGCGUGUCAUUUAUCGAAGUAUUUCUUCCAACCUUCGAAAUAAUUUUCGAUCUCGCGUGCCCGUCGCACUAAAAAGAAAAAUAAAAAUAAAAAAUAAAAAAAUAACAAAUUUUCAGGAAAACAACAUUCGGUGGGCUAAGGGACAACAGUUUUGGACGUGAAUAAAAUAAUUUUUUUUUAUGCAAAAAAAAAAAACAAACAAACAAACAUCAAAGCAAGAUUAUAUAUUUAAGCUGUGAUUUAUUUUUCUACGAAUAUUUGCGAGUUAACUUAUGGAGAAAAAGUUAGUAUUGUGUAGUUAAUAUUUUUAAAAAGAAAAAGAAAAAGAAAAAGAAAAAGCAAAAAAAAAAAAACAAAAAUAAACUUCGUUAACAGUGUAUAAGAAAAUAAUUGUUGUGAUUAGGAUAAAGUGUUUACUUAUUCAUUUUUGCAACAAGUGAAUUUUAUAUUUAAAAAUAAAAAUACAUCGAACGAUUAAAUAAAGAAAAAAGGGGAGAUAGGAAAACAUAUAAUAAACAAAUAAAAAAACGGUCGUGUGAUAUCCGAUGAUCUACAAGUUCGUGAUCUAUCCGUGUGUGUUACGCGUGCAUUUGCUGACGGCUCAUGUGGAUAACAGUUAAUAAGGUAGGUAAUCCAGUUUGGAGAUCUCUUUCACAUUGAAAGAUCAGCCGAGUGAAGAAAAGAAGGAGCCCGAGAAACGAUAAACACGAAGUUCUUUAGAAAAAAUAAUAAAAAAGAAGUAGCGGUUAUGAAGGUUCGAUGACUACAAGUUUUAGUGACAUCAAUAUGGACUCGCCUUAUCUAAGAACCUGGCUCUUAAAGAUUUUACUUCUUCUUUUGUCCUGUUCACCUGGACGAUCUAUAGACAUAUCACAAUGCAUCGCACCCUUAGGAAUGGAGUCCAGGGCGAUCCCAGAUGCCGACAUUACUGCCAGCUCGAGUUUUGAUAGCGGAAACGUUGGACCCCAUCAUGGACGGCUUAAGCAAGAAAGUCACGGCGGUGCAUGGUGCCCGAAGCAACAGAUCACAACGGAACCACGAGAGUGGUUGGAAAUCGAUUUACACACGGUGCAUAUGAUCACGGGAACUGGCACUCAAGGUCGAUUCGGAAAUGGACAGGGCGUUGAAUAUUCGGAAGCAUAUCUUCUGGAAUAUUGGAGACCGAAACUUGGCAAAUGGGUUCGCUACAGGGAUGUUCGUGGCGAGGAGGUGAUAAAAGGCAACACGAACACCUACCUAGAAUCGAAACACGAGUUAGACCCGCCAAUGUGGGCGAGCAAAGUACGAUUUCUUCCUUACAGUUAUCAUCGUCGUACGGUUUGCAUGAGAGUCGAGUUGUAUGGUUGUCCUUGGAACGAUGGUAUCGUUUCAUAUUCAAUGCCACAAGGAGACAAACGCAGCAACUGGGAGUUCUUUGAUGCUACUUACGAUGGUUACUGGGACGGUCAGCUCCUACGAGGUUUGGGUCAACUAACCGACGGCAAGAUCGGCCCAGAUAAUUUUAAGAUGAGCUACUAUGAUUACGAUCGUGGUCAAGGUUGGGUCGGUUGGAGGAAUGACACUCGUUCCGGUCAUCCGCUUGAGAUUAAAUUUGAAUUCGACCACGUCAGGGAAUUCUCAGCCGUUCACAUUUACUGCAACAAUCAGUUCACUAAAGAAGUACAGGUGUUCUCUGAAGUUAGCAUCAUGUUCAGCGUGGGUGGCAAGUAUUACACUGGCGAUCCAAUCGUCUAUUCAUAUAUGGAAGAUAAAAUCUUCGAACAAUCUAGAAACAUUACGAUCAAACUUCAUCAUCGAAUUGGCAAAUUCGUCAAGUUGAAGUUUAGUUUCGCUGCCAAAUGGAUUAUGAUCAGCGAAAUUACUUUUGAUUCUGAUAUUGCACAUGGUAAUUUUACUCCGGAAAUUCCACCAACAACAGAAGCACCGCGCAGUCGUGAUAGAAAUUCUGCACGAGACAAUCCCUUGCAAGCCGAAGUUCCCAUUACCAAACAAGACGAACCUACGUACAUGGCCGUAGUUAUAGGUGUUUUAGCAGCUGUCAUUUUACUAUUAGCGGUAGCCAUUUUUCUCAUAGUCUCGCGUCAUAGGCAGAGAAAAAACUUUGCCAGUCCAUUGGGUGCCAAAAGUGCUAUUCCUUCGAGUAAUCAUCAACAUUUAUCACCGGAAUCGGCAUAUGGAACCACAGAAAAGGAUCCUUCUUUAAUGACGUACAGAGUUGAAGAAUUAGAUGAUCGUUACGCGGGAACCAAAUUAACAACCCUUCCACGUGAUCUCAAUGAUCGGUUAUUGGGGGAUGUUAGGUUGGACGAGUACCAGGAACCAUUUCACGAGAACAAAUAUCGUGAACCUCCUCAUGCUGCUUACUACGGAUACAGCACUGUCGUUAUAGACAACAAAGAUCUUCACGAUAGCGUUGAACAAUCUGAUGCCACCUACGAUUACGCGGUACCAAUGCCUGUGCCUAGCGUGAGCAGCGAUCAAGAUAGCGUAUUUUCCAAGUCGUCAUCUAGAGGCAGUGCGAAGGCUUGUUUACAGAGCUUUUUCCCACCUCCCCCGCCACCGAUGAGUGCUCCACCACCUCGCGGCUCGAACAAUCUUACGUACUCUAAUCCACCGAGUCCAGAACCAGUAUGCGAACGCGAACGCAGAGGAAGCAAACGUAGGGAACAUUCUCUCCAUAGAUACGCGUAAAAAAACGUUUGUGGCACAUGUUCAUCUCCAACACGCAUACCUGCAUACAUAACAUAAACAUUACAUUAACACGAAGUGUACACGCGCGCGCAUUCUUCGGGGACAUACGCAAAACGUGUCGAAGGUUACCGAGGUACGUUAAUUGCACAAUUUGAUUAAUUACUACAACACUUUGGUCUUUGCUCUAUUUCAACUUACUCAAAUGAUAUUUACAUGUAUUAAAUAAAAAAAAAAAAAAA